AUGGAGGUCCCGCCGCCGAGGACGCCGGCUCCCCGUGGUGGGGAGGAUGGGGAGAUUGGAAGAGGAUCGAUAGGUCAUAUCGUAGCAGAUCGCGCGGGAGGCACGCUGAAGACGCGCCGGACAGCAAGAGAUCUCGACCGAUAUAAAAAGGGACGCCACAGGACGUCAGGAAGAACUUCUGCAUCGGCUCCGGCCGACUUCAACCCCCCUUUUUUGUGUUUUUUACACAUUGUAUUGUGUUUGUUGUUCUUUUCUAAUAAAGUUGCUUUCUGGUUUUCGUCGAGCUGUCUAAACCGGAGGAACAUCCGACAAGGCGAUAAAAGGGAUUCAAUUAGUCCCACAGAACUACGAAUGGAUGGUGCAGCUGCUGACAAAAAAUAUGGUAACAAGCCAGUGAACCGAGCACGCAUCGUGAGGAAGCUCCAUAACCUGCAAAAAGCGGAUAGAAGCGCAGAAAGCAACGAAGCUGUGUUUGAUCAAAUAUGCAUGUUACUGAAUCAGAUGAUUUCCGCUGGCCAAGACAUUCGCAAUACGAACGACGCCAUGUGGAUUGAGACCAUCUUGGGUAAAUUUCCUCAAGAAAUAGUCGAGCCAGUGCUCAUGAAAAUGCGGGAAAAAGAAGAUACCACCGUAGAAACAGUUCUGGAAAUGGUUGAAGCUGAAAUAGCAACAAAAGCAUAUGUACAAGCGCGGCUGAACUCGGCUCCUAUAAAGAGAAAGGAGCUUGGCUAUAAAAAUGCAAUUCUCGCCUUGCGGUCUGAUGCCGCCUAUUUUCAUCGCCGUUUCGUUCUUCGCUUCGCAUCGCUGUUGGCACCGUCGUUGGCACCGUCGUUUCAUCUCGCCAGCUUGGAUAGAGCCGCCAUCGUCACGAUCAAUCGACUUGCG